AUGGGUGCACAAGAUAUCCUACUCGAUCGGGAUGUGCGAGAUUGGGUGCUAGUGCCUCUUACUAUCUCCAUAUUCCUGAUGAUGCUCAUCAGGCAAUAUGCGACCCAGGCUCUGAUGGGGGGCUCCUCUCAACAAAAGGUGGAUCUGAAGGAGGUCAAAGAGAAGCAGGCGUUGGCGCGAUCCCAGCUUCUCCGGCAGGGAUAUGCCUUCCUGCCAGAAGGCGCUUUCAAGCAGCGAGUAAAGUACUUUGCGGCCAAGGAAACUGGAGUAUUCAGCCAGAAGUCAGAGCAGAAGUCAGCCCAGGAGCAGAUGAUGACCAAUCCAGACAUGAUGUCGGGCAUGAUGAAGCAGAACUUGUUACAUGACUUGUUUUGGUGUGCUGCACAGAUUGCCAUGGGCACAUUUGUCAGCUACUUCUUCUCUGGCUUCAUCCUGGGGAAGAUCCCCUUCCCUCUGAGCCCAUCCUUCCGGCUCAUGCUGCAGCGAGGGGUGGAUCUGCCCUCCCUGGACGUGACUUACUUCACGUCGCUGUCGUACUACAUCCUGCUGCUGUUUGGACUGCGCGGAGUGUUCAUGCUGUUCUUUCGCGAGAACACCAUCGACGAGACGCAGAUGUACCGUCAGCAGAUGGGCAUGGGCGGCGGCGCCAACCCCAUGGCGGCCAUGACCGGCGGCGACCCCACCAAGGCCCUCGAGACGGAGCGCGCCGCCCUCGAUAUGGUGGAGCACAAGUGGAGGCUGGAGACUGCGGAGGAGAGCGCUGCAAUUGUCCUAAAAGAGCGCUUGAAAAAGCUUCCUGCUCGUCUGAAAUAG